AUGGCAGUAUCGGAGUUGCUGUGGAAUUGUUUCCUGCUGAUGCUGUUUCUUGGGUUGCUGAAAGCUGCACUAUCAUUUUAUUGGCCCUCGAUCGGUGAGUGGAGAUAUGACGAUUUACAUCCAUCCCUUCAGUAUCACGAAUCGUGCAGAGUGAAGCAACUGGCCGUAAACGGUGUCUUUUUCAUCGUCUAUCCCUGCGUGCUGUGCUACCGUUGCUACGCCUCGAUCCGCUGGACACUGUGGACGGAGUGUAGUGAAACGGAGGACUUCGCGCAGUACGUUGAGUAUUCGCGCGAGGAACAGGAACUUUUGCGCGACGGCAUGAUCCGUGGACGAAUGAUAGUACAGAGGGAAAUUGUGCUGACCGCUGCCAGGGAAGAUGAACUAUCGUGCUACAGGAAGUACGACGACUGUGUUGUCGCAGUUGAAAAGGAACCAUUAGAAGAGCGCACUAAUCCGUCAGAAUGUGAACCGUUGAACUUGUCGAAAGAUGGCGAAGGAUUGAAUAAUGAGGAAAUGCUCUUGCUGGAGCACCCUCGAGAAGAUGCAACGAAGAGGAAUACAACUGUUUCUAGCAGUGAAGAGGAAGGAGACGGUGAUGAAAUUAGCUUAAUUCCACAACCUUCCAAAGCGUGUGACGCUUCGUCGUUUGCUCAGACGGGAGCAAAUAGAUAG